AUGAAGACGGCAUGCGAGAAACGCACAAAAACAAACUCCCUCAGAGCCAGUUCGUCUGAUUCCCAGACCACACCCGAAAGUGAGUUACUUUCAGAAUCGACUCGCACGUCGUAUGGACAUGAAGAAAAGACUUCAGAUCAACACUCGUGGCACGCUGACAGCACAAAAUUAAGGAACAGAUGUUUGCCCAGUGAUGGCAACAAAGGCCCAAAAGUUUACCUGGGCAAUCGCCUGCAAUCACUAGAAUUACGCAAGGGCAGGAUGAUGAUUCCAUGUAACAAUGAUUCAGGGCCAUUGUCACAUGGCAACAACAAAGCUGACAGCAAUGAUGCUAGAAACCGCAGGAACCAAUAUAACGACGAUUUUGAGCUUAUGUCGUCGGGUAAGACUAGUUCAAUGGUGCCAAUUACUAGGUCAACUCCAAAUGAGCACGCCAGGCUAUGCUCAGACUCAACCGGCAUUAAAGGCGGCAGUGAGAAGGUACUAAAAAAACAUGAAACUGGAGAAGUCAGCGAGACACAGAGACCAGCCCAGUCAACCUUUAGCGAGAAAACAUAUGACGGUUUUGUUUUUAUACAGUACAACGACCACCCCGGGGCACUUGUGGUAUAUCGCUCACCUGAGGAACGCGCAGCUAACCCUGAACGACUCAACCUGGACAGGCGGCGCCUGACAGUCUGUCCCAUACUCAAAUCGGAGGAGCAAGUGCGACUGCUUAACUAUCAAAGCAACUAUAUCAAAGAGAUUCAAAAUCUUGUUCAUCUGCCUAACCUGAUCUUCCUUGAUCUUUACAAUAAUCGCAUUGAGAAUCUCUCCCAUGACCUUGGAUGCGUACCCACACUCAGAGUGUUGAUGUUAGGCAAAAAUCGUAUCAGGGCAAUCUCUCACCUGGAUAAGUUAGUAAAAUUGGAUGUUCUUGAUCUUCACUCAAAUGCAAUAACAAAAAUUGAGCAACUUGGAGCUCUCUCAGAGUUGCGUGUACUUAAUCUGGCUGGGAAUAGACUCACAGAAAUAAAACGACUCAGUAACCUCAAAUCACUCACAGAGCUUAAUGUCAGGCGCAAUCAUAUUGUCAAGGCCACAUCGCUUCAGCAAUUGCAAUCACUCCAGCGAUUAUUUCUCAGCAAUAACUGCAUCCAGUCUUUUGAUUCAAUCGUGUGUGUUUUUGGCAUAAGGUGUCUUAUGGAACUUAGUAUGGAUGGCAAUCCUAUCGCCCUGCAAGAUCCAACUACCUACCGGCGAUAUGUCAUAGAACAAGCCAAGAAACUCAGGCUCCUUGACCUAAAGCGUGUCACAGAUGCGGAACGUCGUCUUGUGGCGCUUGAGUCACAAAAGGAAGUUCAACGAAAACGUGCUGCAAAGAGGCGGGAGACGGUUGAAGCCGAAAGGCGCAGGCUCCGAGUUGAACGGUCUGAGGCAAUUCGCGCAGCAGAAACGCAGUGGACGAACCAGACAUCUAGCCGCAAUCCAGACACAAGGCAUAAUACACAGAGCAGGUACAUUUUGCAGUCUAUGUGUACUGGCAGCUUGUCAUUACAGUCAAAUCUCGAACAACGUGAGUGUAAUGUGUGUAGACGGCCGAAGCGUUGUGAUGCUGUGAACAAAUACGGCAAUAUAUCUAGCGACGAUACCCACUUGCCUGGUCAGCGUUGCUUGUCCUGUACGCAGGCAACACUUGUCACAGCUGAGCAUCCCAUUGCAUUGUCUUCGGGCUCCAGUGGGGCGCUUGUAGCUCGGUCAGUGUGUGCAGAGAGUACAGCUACCUCGAUUGGAGGGUCAAAUAGCUCUGCACACAUUGCCAUGGGUUAUUAUGAGGUAGAAAUCAGGGGAGCACAUCGCGAAGAGCGUAUGCUCCAGGUCUACGGCGAAGCUUGGGAGGGUCUCAACUCCCCAAAGAUCACUGGUUCUUGUACCGCCCUUACUUGUCGCUUUGUAUCUAUUGAGCGUAUUAUUCGGAAGCUCCAACCUCAUGUUCAUAGCUUUGUCAAGCUUAAAAAGGCCACCUUUGGGAACAACGCGGUCCGCACCCUCUGUCAACUUUUACAUUUGGCCAGCGUAGUCCAGGGUUUACCAAAUGCUUUGGAGCUCAAAAUAGAAUCAAACCCAGUUUGUUCUCUCACCCUCCUGAGACCGCUUAUCUGUGGGGUCUUUACCAAUGUCGAAUGCUUCAACGGCACCAAGGUUAGUCAUGACGACCAAUUUAUUUUUAGUGAACAAUUUGGACCCAUCAGAGAUGCAGGGAGGCGCAAAGUUGUACUUCAGACAGGUUCACUUCUCAAACGUGAUGGUUGUGAUGCUUUUAAUCACAUCAUUUCAAGUUCGACAACAAAUGCCCUCGGAAUUGAAGAAUACAGGCGUCUGCUGGAUAGGUAUGCCGAGCCCAGCCAACACAUGACAAUUAAUUUGCGCUUAGGUGCUGGCCUGCCGCCAUGGACUUGCUGGUCAAUGAAUGCCUGGACCACCAUUAUUCAUGUGCUUCAUCCUUUGCAAGCGAGCCCAUUUGGCUAUAGCAAAGCUCAACUAAUAUCUUGA